UGAUGCAGCCAGCAGCCUGGCUUCCUGUCCCUCCCCCCAGGGCAGGUACUUAAGGCCCAGGGGCCGCCCACCGGGGAGCUGCGAGGCCACCCCAGUGGUGGCAAGCGCGUCCCUCACUGUCUCCGAGGACCCUGGCCCUCCCCACUGCACCCCGUCCAUGGAUUUUGUGGCUGGAGCCAUUGGAGGAGUCUGUGGAGUUGCAGUGGGCUACCCACUGGACACAGUGAAGGUCAGGAUCCAGACGGAGCCCAAGUUCACCAGUGUGUGGCACUGCGUCCAGGACACAUUCCGCCGAGAGAGGGUGUGGGGCUUCUACAGGGGCCUGUCACUGCCAGUGUGCACGGUGACCUUGGUCUCCUCCAUGUCCUUUGGCACCUACCGCUGCUGCCUUGCCCACAUCUGCCGCCUUCGCUAUGGCAGCGCCGAGGCCAAGCCUGGCAAGACGGACAUCACGGUCUCGGGGUUUGCCUCGGGUGUGAGCCGAGUGUUCCUGACGUCACCCACCGAGGUGGCCAAGGUUCGGCUGCAGACGCAGCGGCGCCCCUCUGCCUCGGGGCCCCUUGGGACGCCCCCCCUAAGCCUGCCCGCGGGCCCCGGGUACCGUGGGCCGCUGCACUGCCUGGCCACCGUGGCCCGUGAGGAGGGGCUGCGCGGCCUCUACAAGGGCAGCUCUGCCCUGCUGCUGCGAGACGGCCACUCCUUCGCCACCUACUUCCUGUCCUACGCUCUGCUCAGUGAGUGGCUCACGCCCGAGGGCCACAGCCAGCCAGGUGUCGGGGGUGUGCUGCUGGCUGGCGGGGGCGCGGGGGUGCUGGCCUGGGCCGUGGCCACCCCCAUGGACGUGGUGAAGGCGCGCCUGCAGGCGGACGGCCGGGCUGGGCGGCGCUACCGGGGCCUGGCGCACUGCGUGGUGAGCAGCGUGCGUGAGGAAGGCCCGCGGGUGCUCUUCAAGGGGCUGGCGCUCAACUGCUGCCGUGCCUUCCCCGUCAACAUGGUGGUCUUCCUGGCCUACGAGGCCGUGCUGCGCCUCUCCCGGGGGCUGCUGGCCGCGGCACCGCCCGGCUCACAGUGAUGCCGGCUGGCGUCACCCGGUGUCUCCGCUUUGUCCCUGUAGGCCUGCCCUGCCCUGGGGACCCCGGGGCUCAGCAAGGCCCAUCCCAGGGGAGGCUGCUAAUAAAAGUGCUUUUCG